GAUAAUCAGUAUGAAAAUGUCAUUGCAUUUAAUUAAUUAUGGAUAUUUUGCUGGUAAUGAGCUAAUCAUUAUGAGCUUUCAGGUUUUGCAUCACCAACUGAGCAUGUUUUAGAAAAAAGUGAAGUGGCACCCAGCAACUUUAGCAUGAAUCUGAAAGAUGUGUAUGAAGCUCUCUUAAGCUUCUUCAGGCCAGUGACAUGCCAUCACAAAGAUGAACAAACCUUAAUUCCUUGUCACGUAGGAGAGAGCCUUAACAUAACUGAAUGCUUGAAAAAUAAAUGUUGUCCUUCAAAAGCCAGCCAUGAACUGCCAUGUUACAUGCCAUUUGAAGACAGUAUGCAACAGACAUUUCGAGUGCUUGUGCUUGUGGCAGGAGGACUUUUGAUUUUGGGGUGUCUACCAUUGUGUUGCUGUGCCGGUUUGCAGAAAAGUAAAUGUCUCAAUCCUUUACGAAGGGCAAACAAGGAACUCGAGCAAAUUGUGCGGAAGAAAAAAGCACGUAGUGAUGACACUUACGUCCCUUUGCUGGACUGACUUAAGAAAGACUCUAAGGACCAGAAGAACAAAAAAAAAGAGGAACAUCCAGUUGAUCUUGAAGACCUCAAGCAGACGGACACCAGGAUUACUUGAAUACGCACUAGAAAAUGAGAAGUUUAGUUUUAGUAUCAGAGUAAUACAGUGUUGUCCACCCUUGAUGAUGC